AUGGAACUAGAAAGGGCUAUUGAAGCCACCCAAGAAGGCGAGUCGUCCCUCUCAGCCGAAAGAUUCAUUUUUGACCAUUUAGAUAGUGCCAUUAGAUACAUCGGAUUUAUUGAUUAUAAAGAAGGCCCUAAAUCACGUAAGAUAUCGACUAUAGAAGCCCUCAAAAGUGCCUUUGUUUACAAACACCUCGCCAAGAAGCUCUGUACACCCACUUAUCUCUUCCUUCUUAAAGACAUUAAGCACAAUUCAGCGACCAAACGUAUUCCAGAUAGUCUAACGGAAAUGAGUUAUGAAAUCUAUGCCGAGUCUAUCAAAACACUACUGGAAUACUAUCCACAAGAUACUAUCAAUAUUUUGACUCGACCAGAAUCACCAUGUUUUUUAAGCGCUCUACUUAAAUCUAGUGAUUCAUCCCAUAUUAUUGAUAUGUUUCCCUGUUUCUUUUCUUUAUCUAAUCAAACAUUUCACCAAUGGAUUGAUUUGCUUAUCUCCAAAAAUUUUGUUGAUAUGAUCUUUCAGUAUCUCCAUCGCGCUCAAAAACAAGGUAAAGAGACUCAAAGUCUUUUUAAACUUCUUUAUCUUCUUAUCUCAUUCACAGCUAAUAUUUUUAAACGUGAAUUUAUUACACGUUCCGAUCUUAACUAUACUUGUUUUUAUCAACAAAUCUUAUCUUAUCUUAAACCUAUCUUAUCUACAGUUUUUCAAGAUAAAGAUUCAAUCAACCGAACGGCUGCUUUAGAAGUCAUUCGUGAAAUUAUCAAAACAACCGAGUACUUACCCAAAGAAGCAGCUCCUUUCCCUCUCCUUCUAGCCGCUCUUGCUGCCACCCCUACCUUUAGCCAUUUCCAAGCCAAUCAACAAACUCCUGAUGUUCUGCUACGGGUACUUAUUCUUAUCAAUACUAUCACUCGUUGUAUCAGAUUUAAGACUCAGACUUUACUUCUCUUCUUUCAAGAGACACACUUCCUUAAGUACUUAAUCCACUAUCUUUAUGCGGCUAAUACGCAUACUUUAACCAAUGAAGUCUGCAGUUUACUUAACGAGCUUAUCUAUACAGGUAAGCUUUUCUAUCGCCAAGCUUUAAUUGAGAUAGGCCAUGAAGUAAGAGCUUUAGAGUUCAGUAAGCCAACUCAACUCUUCUCUAACUCAUUACAAAGAUAUACACCACAUGUAUCUAUCUUAGAUAGAAUUACACCAGCUAUUCUUAUUCUUUAUCGACUUUAUACAUCUGCUAUCUCUGAAACAAAAACAGUGACUACUCAUAAAUCUAAUCCUAAUUCCUCACUAUCUUUAAAAAGAUUCACAAUUAUUGAUCAAUCAACUGAGAUAUAUCAACUAGCCCAAGAGCUAUCUUUCUUUCAUAAUGCCAAAUUUCACUGGUAUCGCAUCAACCGUAUCUUAGAGCAUGAAAAGCGACUGACUCUUAAUUACAUUCGAGAUCCCCCUGAAGUCAUUCUUAACUCCGAGCAGUUUGCACGAUACUUCUGUGAUUACAUUUCAUCUACUCUACCAGACUAUCCACCAUCUCUUCUCUAA